AUGUCUUUGGGAACCUUGGAAAGCAGCAGCAACAUUUCCUCCACCUUUCUGCUGAGUGGCAUUCCUGGGCUGGAGCACAUGCACAUCUGGAUCUCCAUCCCAUUGUGCUUCAUUUACCUGGUUUCCAUCCUGGGCAACUGUACUAUCCUUUUUAUCAUUAAAACAGAGCCCUCACUCCAUGAGCCUAUGUACCUCUUCCUGUCCAUGCUGGCUGUGACUGAUCUGGGUCUGUCUCUUUGCACCCUCCCUACAGUGCUAGGCAUCUUUUGGAUUGGGGCGCGAGAUAUUGGUCACGAUGCCUGUUUUGCCCAGCUCUUUUUCAUUCACUGUUUGUCCUUCCUAGAGUCCUCUGUGCUGCUGUCUAUGGCCUUUGACCGCUUUGUGGCCAUUUGUCGCCCCUUGCACUAUGCUUCCAUUCUCACCAACACAGUCAUUGGCAGGAUUGGCCUGGUUUCCCUGGGUCGCAGUGUAGCACUCAUUUUCCCAUUGCCUUUUAUGCUCAAAAGAUUCUCCUAUUGUGGCUCUGCACUUCUCUCACAUUCCUAUUGUCUCCAUCAAGAAGUAAUGAAAUUGGCCUGUGCAGACAUCAAAGCCAACAGCAUCUAUGGCAUGUUUGUCAUUGUUUCAACAGUGGGUGUAGACUCACUGCUCAUUCUCUUCUCCUAUGCCCUGAUCCUGCGUACUGUGCUGUCUAUUGCAUCCAGGGCUGAGAGAUUCAAAGCUCUCAACACCUGUGUUUCCCAUAUAUGUGCUGUGCUCCUCUUCUACACUCCCAUGAUUGGUUUGUCCAUCAUCCACCGGUUUGGGAACAAGGCACCUCAUCUUGUCCAAGUGAUCAUGGGCUUUGUGUACCUUCUAGCCCCUCCCCUGAUGAACCCCAUAGUCUAUAGUGUGAAGACCAAACAGAUCCGAGAUCGUGUGGCCCAUGCCUUUUGUUAG